AUGCCGGGUAGGAGGGGAGGGAUCGAGGAGAAUGCCGGGAAUGCCGGGCGGGAGAGGAGGGAUGUGGGAUCCCUGUGGAUCCAGCAGGAUCGGGGGAUGGCUCCGUCUCCAGCCCUGCCGGAUUGGGGAACGUCUCCCAAAAUCCUAUUCCCGGGAUUGAGCCCUUCCGUGUUGUCCCGGGAGUCUUGGGAUGCUGGGAAGGAUGGCAGUGGGAAAACUGGGAUGGGGAGACCUCCCUGUCCAUCGCCGGGCUCAUCCAUUCCCGUCAUUCCCGGUUUUCCCAAGUCCCUGAGCAUCCAGACGGCGUCUCUGGCCGAGGCGGAGAACAUGGCGGAGCUCAUCGACGGAUACUGCCGGAUCCAGCGGGACACGGACACAUCCCUGCUCGUCAGCCACGGGAAAGCCCAACACUUCUGGAUCUGCCGGGAAGCCAUAACACUGGGAAGGAUCCUGGGAGAAGGAUUCUUUGGAGAGGUCUACGAGGGGAUCUACACCCCCCCGGAAGGGGAGCGGAUCAGCGUGGCCGUGAAGACCUGCAAGCAGGAUUGCAGCCCGGAAAACAGGGAGAAGUUCCUCAGGGAAGCAGUGCUGAUGAAGAAGCUGGACCACCCCCACAUCGUGAAGCUCAUCGGCAUCGCCGAGGACGAGCCCACCUGGAUCGUCAUGGAGCUCUAUCCAUACGGAGAGCUGGGGCAGUUCCUGGAGCAGCGGCGGCCGCGCCCGCCCGUGCCCACCCUGGUGCUCUACGCCCUGCAGGUGGGCAAGGCCAUGGCCUACCUGGAGGCCAUCAGCUGCGUCCACAGGUGCCUGGGAUACCUGGGAUACCUGGGAUACCUGGGAUACCGGGAUGGGAGCCCCGUGUGCGUGUGGGAGAUCCUGAGCCUCGGGAAGCAGCCGUUCUUCUGGCUGGAAAACCGGGAUGUGAUCGGGGUGCUGGAGCGCGGCGACCGCCUGCCCAAACCCGAGCUCUGCCCGCCCGUCCUCUACACCCUCCUCACCCGCUGCUGGGACUACGAUCCCGGGGAACGGCCCCGCUUCCAGGAGCUCGUCUGCAGCCUCAGCUCCCCCGCCCUCGCCAGCCCCGCCGAGUGCCCGCACCCGCCCGGCACCCUCCGCACGCCGCCGCCCCACCGGCACGCCGGCGCCUUCCAGCGCCGCAGCAUGAGGGAGGAGGAUUUCCUGCGGCCCAGCAGCCGGGAGGAGGCUCAGAGGCUGCUGGAGCUGGAGAGGCUGCGGGUGGAGCGGGUCAUGGAGCGGCAGCAGCGCGAGAUGCUCGAGGACGACCGGUGGCUGCGGAGGGAGGUGGAGAGCCUGGACCCCACGGUGUUCAUGAACAACAACAUCCCCCCGCUGCUCCCGGAGAAGGAGACGGAUUACAGUGAGUUCCCGGGCUUUUCCAUGGAUCUCCCACCCUGGGGCCGGGAUUUGGGAUCCUCCCGGGUUCGGGAUGCUCCAGGAGGGAAUUCCCACAUCCCAGGGGGGAUCAGAUCCCGGGGGAAG